UAUGGGGACUGGGAGGACAUCACGGAAAAAACGUAGCAGCGGCACCACCACAAACCUUACGCCGAAAUUGCGCCAGUACCGCCGCGUACGACUAAGCGGCCCAUGACUAUGCCCUGUGCGGCGCUAGCGAGCGGGACUACCCCUUGACAGGCCUGAAGCGAGGUCUACGCCGCUACCGGGAGGGGGAAAUACAUUUCUUCAUAUGGGAGCAGCAUGCGGGAAAUGGUUGGUGGUUGCUGCGUGUGUUCCGACGAGCGAGGAUGGGCUGAGAAUCCGCUCGUUUACUGUGAUGGACACGGCUGUAACGUCGCCGUACAUCAAGCAUGCUAUGGCAUCGUCCAGGUGCCCACGGGUCCGUGGUUCUGUCGUAAGUGUGAGUCACAGGAGAGGGCAGCAAGAGUGAGGUGUGAGUUAUGCCCUCACAAAGAUGGCGCUCUCAAGAGGACAGACAGCGGAGGUUGGGCUCACGUUGUGUGUGCACUCUACAUACCUGAAGUGCAGUUUGCCAACGUCCUCACCAUGGAACCCAUCAUCCUACAGUAUGUUCCACAUGAGCGGUAUAUGAAGACGUGUUAUAUCUGUGAAGACCAUGGUAGAGAGAGCAAGGCAGCUUGUGGAGCAUGCAUGGCCUGCAACAGACAGGGUUGCAGACAGGCUUUCCAUGUCACCUGCGCUCAGAUGGCAGGCCUGCUGUGUGAGGAGGAAGGCCCUGAAGCUGACAAUGUGAAAUAUUGUGGCUACUGCAAGCAUCACUACAACAAAAUGCAGAAGAAACGACGUUCUGGUGAAAACGCAAGUAAUGCAUUCAGUCAUUCCAGGGGGCGCUCGACUUCUCCAUCACAGGACAAACAUCACUAUCACAGGCAGAGAAAGAGUCAUAAGGAUAAGAUACGACAGAAAGAGCGCCACAAGAAGUCAUCUGACAACCAAUCACUGAUGUCUGGUAGUAUAGACAUGCUCUCUUCCAGUCACCACACUUCCAAAGACAGUGAGGGCAAGUCAAAGAAGCUGAUGUCGCACAGUCAUGGUCACCACAGUAAGAAAACAGGAAGCAACAGUAAGAGUGGCUCCUCCUCUUCCUGCUCCUCCAGUCCAUUUAAUCCAGGUGGGGCUCUGUCUUCAGCUCAAGAUUUUCAUCAGUACUCCUCCUCGUCACGUCCUGAGCGGGACCACGAGCGAGGAAGCAGCGACCACAGCGGAGAAGAUCGCAAAGAACAUCACAGGAGGCCAGCAGUCCAGGGGACCGAAGAAGACAAUGAUAAGGGGGAGGACAAAGAUGAGGAGGAAGACGAGGAUAACAAUUAUCAUGAGCCGCCAGCGUUGACUCCCGCUGAAGGCCCUCUCGCAGGGUCACAGGGUCAUGAUCGGUCUGAUGGAAACGCAAGCCCUUUCGAGAACAAGGUCACAAUUUCAACUUUUGGAUCCAUCAUGCGGAUCACCUCCACAUCAGUGCUGGGUAGUAGCAGUAAGAUCCGCAAGAUGUCCUCUUCAGGAGACUACAAACCUUCCAAAUCUCUGUGCAAGAUUUCGCAAAUGAGUACACCGCCUAUCCCAGAAGAAGCAGAGCUUGAGGAUAAAACUAACCCGCCACCAUUGUCCCAAGAGAGAAGACAUCGCGGCAACAAAAAGAGCCGCCAUGGUCCAGGCCGACCUCGAGGAAGCAAAAACCGAGAGAGGAAAGAGGACAGUCAUCAUCACAGCACUGCACCUCCACCACCACCGGUUUUCACCUCCUCAUUGUACCCGAACCCAGUGUCAGUUCCUCACCUCACCUUCCCCUCGUCACUGUCCAACACCACAGCUUCCUCCUCUUCAUUCUCAUCCUCGUCAGCAAGCAGUUUUUCCACAAGCCGUGGCAACUCGCUGCUUGGCCCGGGUAUCUAUUCCAGUCUAAAGAACCCUCUUUCACUGGGCGGGGGCAUCUGCAGCACCUCCUUGUCCCUGGCUGGGGGCAUGUGUAGCACCUCUCAGUCAUCAGGACUCCUCCCAAGUCAUGCACUAUCACACUCUAUCCAAUCAAGCAACGCUGUUUCAAUACCACAGGUGCAUCCAGGUUCAAGCAGCUCCUACAGUGUGAGCUCUACGCAACCUUUCAUCACUGGUCUUUCCACACUGCCACCACUGCUGAGUCAAGCCCCAACUUCAUUGCCAGAGUCAGACCUUGAUGACUGUCGCUUCCCAUGUCAGGGAAACUCACCAAGGGAAAGUCUUUGCUCACAGUCUCCUAUGAGCUCCCUUCCUCUUCUGUUUGACCAGAGAGAUGGUUUAGGAACAGGAGUUCAAGCAUGUCCCGAAAACAUACCCCAGACAAGCUCCCACAUAGAGCUCCUAUUGGAGAAACAUAGCAACGGAGAAAUCGGUGUAAACAUCGUAGACAUACUCCAGUCACUUCACUCGCUGCAGCAGGAGAACCAGCGGCUCCAGGACCAGAUUCUCAGUCUGACAGCCAAAAGGGAGCGACUGCAGUUACUUAAUACUGAAUUGGCCUUACCUUUCCCUCAUGCGCAUUCUGUCCAAGGCUCUUUCCAUACUGCCGCCCGGAUCAACUUUUUGUCCUCAGGCCAAGACCCUCUAAUCACCAAACAGAGCCCCCUGUCGAAGAGCAGUUUCCUUAAUGACACUUCCUUUGUUACCUCCUCUGAGGAUCUCCGCUCUGGUAGUCCGUCCCGCAGUAGCUCUUCCCUGUCCUUCCAGAGUACUCCUCCUCCACAGCAAAGCCCUGCCACAAUGAGUCAACCAGUGAUAAAUGGGCGAGGUUCGAGUGAAAUUUUGGGGCAAAUCAAUCAGGGUGGCACAUCAACUCAGUCUGUGGCAAGCGGGCAACUCACAUCUCUUGCAGGAAGCCCUCAGCUGAGCAUGAAUGGGGCCCUUAGCGCUUUAAACGGUGUGAUACAUUCUCCUGUCCAGAGUGCCUCCCAGUCCACGCUCCCUGCUCUGCGCCCCCAGCCGCCUCCACUCAACCCACAGACAAUGGCACAGAGCUUUCAACUUCCCAAGAGUGGGAGCCCGUCUUCAGUCCCGUCAGAGCAGCAGAAACAGAUCAUUCUUGAGCAGCAGCAGCAACUUCAGCAGUUCCUCACGUCACAGAACUUUACUCCUGAGCAGAGGGCGGUUGUAUGCCAGAUACUUCAGCAGCAGAGGCAGAGGGAGCUGCAGCGCCUCACACUGGCUGGAGCCCUCACGUCCACAGCAAACUCCUCCAUAUUGGCUCAGUCAACCAACCUGUUGCCCUCAGCGACCACCUGCCCCCUGCAGGGCAGUCAGGGAGGUAACCUCUUUGUCCGACAGGAGGGCAGCCUUCACAAGUCUGUGAGUGACAAGGUUCCAGGAGAGAAGGGGGGAGACAAGAAUGGAUGAAACCCCAAUGAUUCUAAACCAUCUCAAUCUCAAAUGAAGAUAUUGCUCCCCCUGAGGAAUAACUGAGGUCAGUCACCACACGUGACAUAAGGACGUCUAUUUCUACUCUCUUCUUUAAUGAAUGUAUAACAGGAUGGACAUGAGGGUGAGGUUUUUGGGUAUGGAAGUAGUUUUUAUUCGAGGUUCUCUCAUGUUUUAUACAGGCAGCUUUUCAGGGAGCACGAAUAUAGUGGUCUCUUCUUAAAUUGCACUAAUUUCUUAGCUAGGCCAGUGGGCAUGCUUACGUGGACAGUCCUUCCUCGCCCUGACAAGUGGUCUAUGUUUUUGGUUUAAAGUAUAAUCUCAAGCACUGAUCUUUAAUGAACCAUUUCCAUAGCUUUUUUAUUUCAACUUGUUGGCAAUUAAAGACAGAAUUUCAUCCACUUGUGAGUCAACUCACACGUUUGUCUUCCUGUAAAUGUCUUCCUGUGGUCACCAUACCCUGCAUUUCUUCCAGGCAUCUGCUUUAUUCUAUUAUUUUCGAUCACGUGAGCCUUUCUGUGACGUUUCCUACUUUCCUGAUGGGACAAGUCAAAAGUCACAACAAUUACUCCAUGUGGCCAGUGACGUUUCAAGGUUAAGCUAGUUAUUACCUCAAAAUUUUCUGCCGUCUUUUUCUAUGCUGGGUUCCAUUUUGUGCUAACUCUUUUUUACUACUUCCACCCGAUGUAAACAGCCACAGAAAAUGUUGUCAUUUACUAUGUCUUUUACUGCUGUGUAAAUAUCCCAAAUGUUCCCCACAACUGGCAUUAGUAAGUCCUUCAAUUUAUUCAAAACCAGAAAAGUUUUAUAUCUUUGUUGUUGCUGUCGAGAUUAAGAGGACGAAACCAAACCUUUGGAAGUUGUUGAUGUGAAUUUUUUUCCACCCUGAAUAAGUGCGCACUUUUGCAUGUUAGUAGUUGAAUGAGCUAUUUACUGUAGUCCUUUUUUUUUUCCAUUAUUAUUUAAAUGAGAAUUGGCACUCAUUUUAUAUAUACUAGUAUAUAUAUAUAAUAUAAUUUAAUGUCUGCUGACUAGCUGUUCUUUUAGCAAUACUGGAUUGAUAAUGCCUUAAUGUUGCUAAACAUAUAGAGAGAAAAGAGUUGUGCUCAAAGGCUCAAUCGCUCACUCUUUGAUAGUCUUUUGUAUGAUUAUUACUGGUAUUAGUAUUACAGAUACAUGGAGGGUUACUGAUACAGCACCCAUCCUAAACCCAUUUGUAUACAUUUUACAAAUAACCAAUUUCAUGAAAUGAAACAUGUGAAUAACCUGAUCGUGGUAACUACAGUGUAAUUUUGUUUUUCAACUGUCAUUUUUAGUUCAGAUACAAUGUUCUUUAGUUGUUUGUGCUUCAGAAAAGUACUAGUUGCAAUGAAGCCUGCACAGUGGUGUCCUCACAAAGGAUGUUAACUGUAAAAUGCUGUCACAAUAGUGUGUUUUAGUGCUGUUACAUGCAGUGGACUCAUAUUUGCUACUGGCAUUACGUUUCUUGGCAUAGGCUGAUGGAAAGCGUAUUUCCCCUGCUACAUGUUCUUCUAUUUUGUAGCUCACAAUUUCAUGUUUUAUAUCACAGGAAGGGAUUUUUUUUCUGUAGCAAUAUUGUCAGGGGUCUUGUUUUAUCUCCGCUUAGAUUUUAAAUAUCGUCUGCCCCGCGUGACAUCAAGAGUGCUAGUUAGUUUUGUCUGUAGGUGUCAUAAAGCAUAAAACAACUCACUAGGAGGUGAUUAAAUAUUGUAGCAAUGACAGAAUGGGAAUGUUUAUUUUGUUGAUUAAAAAAAAAAAAAAGAGCCAACCUUAAAAGUGGGGCUUCUAUAAUUUACCAAGUACAAUACGUGUGAAGUCCUGACAAUAUCCAAGGAAGGGAGCGGUACAAAGGGUUUUGUUUUAUUUCCUAAAUUGCACUGGGGCACUGUGAGCCCAAUUUGUUUCAUUGUACUUUUGUUUGAUAUGGAGUUGAACUUUUUUUGUGUGUGUGUGUAAGACACGUUCUUUAAAGCUUUGAAGUUUGGGUAACCAAGAUAUUCCAUGUUAUGAAUGUCGUCGUACAGUGUAUCUUCAGUGUUACAACAUUAGCGCACCCCUCUCACGAUAAGGUUUAAUGAAGAGCAAGUUAGUCGUUGGCAUCAGAAUUGCAUAAGAUGCAGUGGUUUGACAAGUAUAUCCAUAAAUAAAAAGUUAUAAUUAUGCAUGAUUUUAAAUGCAUAGUUCCCUGGCAAAGUUAAAUAUCAAUUUUUAAAUAAGCACCUAAUUUUAAUGACAUGCCUGGUGUCAUUGUACAGUGUAUUUGCCUGAGAUAAUUCAUCAAAAAUUCAUUUGACACUAUUCAGAUUAAAUCCCUGUAAAGUAUUUUGAUACUUUUGUGUGUAAAAUGAAAAUGACGGAUGUAUACAUUUUUUUCUUUUGUCAAUAAAUGUAUUUUACUGAUUUGUUUAA